AUGGCUUCUGGCUGCUUCAUGUGCAACAGGUGGACGCUGCCUCUGCUGGCUUGGAGCCUUCCAGGCCAUGCCAUGGCGAUUGGGCUCAAGCGGAGCUUCAGCCCGGAAGAUUGUGGCCUCACGGAUGCUGCCUGCCCGGGCUCACCGGUGCCUUCGGGGGAUCAUGCCGCUUGCUCCGAGAGCCUAGUCUUCAAAGCCUCCUGCUCCAGUGUUCAGGAGGAGAUAGAGGCACGAAUUGGCCUGAACAUGGAUCGCAAGAAGCUGCCCGGUAACUACACUCUUUUGGCCUCUGAGACUGGCGUCUGCACGAAGGCCAGUCGAGCGACGAGCCCGUUUGCAGACCCAGGCCCCUUCACGGACCUCUUCGGAUUUCGGUAUGUGACGGACGGGUCGGGCUGCCACGUCUUGGCGUGCUCGGAGAGUCAGGUCAAGAGCUUGUGCGACUUCUCUACAAACUUUUGCAAUUUGUUCAACCUCUACUGCAACGAGGCCGAUGGCUGCGAGAUCGUCCACAGCAACCUGGAGCACGACCCGGCGCAGUUCGACCAGGUUUGCGAUCACACGGCCAAGUGUGGUGGCUAUGAGACGCUCGCGGCGGAAUGCACUCGAAAGAUGCGCGGUGCCAUGACGGUGCAAGCUUCUCUGGGAUCGUGCCAAAAACACGCGCCUGCACGGUUGGCAUGGGGGCUACAUGUUGAAUUUUCCAAUGCUGGAGCCUUUCCCGAAGGCACAACUUUUAUGCAAAUACGUUCUGACCAGGAGGGCCUUAUUCGUGGCUACACCGUGGAGGGCAACAGGAUAACGAUCUUGCUGAAGCAUUACCAGGCUGUGCUCGAGCUUGGACCAAGAAUGGUCACAGUUGUGGUCUGGACUGCGAUGGAUUCACUGGGAGUGACAAGUGAUGUGACAGGGGGCUCCCGUGAUACGAAACAUCCGUGUCGUGUCCAAGCCAAGCUGGGUCCUGAGACUUGCAUGGUGUCGUCGGUCUCUUCCAUGUCCCUGGCUCUGUAA